UGCGGACAGGGGCCGGGCCGAGAAACGCUUCCAGAACUCUUUGGGUUUGGGUCAUAGCUUCAAGAGGGUCGCGCUCACCAAGCCCACCUUCUGCCAUCACUGCAGCGACUUCCUGUGGGGCCUGAGCGGCUUCCUGUGCGAAGGUACGACGUGACGCACCGCCUCGCCCGUUCAUCCGUUUUCUGAGCCGCCUAUGCUCACAAGGGCCUCUUCAGUCUGCUGUCCGUCUUUAAGUGUAUCCUAUUUCUACUUGUGUAUGAGUGUGUGUGUCACUGCUGGUCUUUUGUUUUUUCAGCGUCUUUUAUGUCUUUUCACUCUUUUUUUUUUUUUUUUCGUCACUAGAGCUGCACCGAAUGAUGACAGUAUUUUCAAAAAUUCAUUUUUUUUAAAGUCCUCAAUGAAUUUGGUUUAAUCCCUUAAUUUAAAAUGCAUCAAUAAUGAUCGAGUUGUUGGUUUGGUCCUGGGAGGCCACUAUGUUUGUUUGUUUGUUUGUUUUUUAAUCAAUUAUCCUAUCAACUAUUCCGUCCAGUAAUCAAGUGCAAGUAUUGGGGACGGACUUCUAUUUUCAAACUGCGUCGAUACAUGCAGAGGGGUCUGGUGUACAUUCCAAAAAGUAUCUUGGCCCAUGCUGCAUGGGUUAGCUUUAGCACGAUAGCAAUGAGCAGCCAUCCGUGGGAGUGCAAUUUCCCUUUUCGGGGCCACAAUUCAGUCAAGUCUGCGUUCACGGAGGACUGCAAAAAUCAGAACAUAGCGACCAUUGAGAGGCUUUUUGUAGAAUCGGACAAUGUCAAAGGCCAUCUCGUAGCGACCGACCGACCGACCGACUGGGCUGCGAUUGGCAUGAAUCAAUCGAUGGAUUGUUGCACCUCUCUUUGGACUUUUGCAGUCUUUCAAUUGAUUGUGUUGAAUUGUGUCGCCUUCAAGGGUGGUCGCCACAAAGACACGCGCACACGCACACGUGUUCUGCCCAGUAACACAUCCGUGCGCGUUUGUUGUGUUCGUGGACUUCCUGUCGUUGUCAAGGUAACCGAAGUCUUGACAAAUCUGCUUGGUGGCCCUCGUUGCCACGGUGACAGCAUUGCGCGUGUUGUUUGAAACGUUUGUCGCCACGGUGACGUGUGCUGUGUUCGACGUGUUCCGUCGCCACGGUGAUCCACGCUUCGUCUUGGGCGUCGUCUUCAGCGUGUAACUUGAUGUGUCACGAGAAAUGCCUGAAGACGCUGGGCUCGGCGUGCUCCAGCGCGGCGCCCUCGGCGGUCCGGAUCCCCGUGGCUCACUGCCUCGCCCCGGACGCUCACAAGCGGCGCGUUUGCUGCGUGUGCAGGAAGCAGACGGAGGGAAACGGAGCGCUUCGUUGCCAAGUGUGCGAGCUGCACGUGCACGCCGACUGCGUCGCCUUCUCCUGCGCCGAUUGCCGCCAGUGCCACGUGGACGGGCCCCCGCCGCAGGACACCUUUCACCACCACUGGCGGGAGGGCAACCUGUCGCCGGCGGCGCGCUGCCAGGCGUGCCGGCGGACCUGCGGCUCGUCCGACGUCCUGGCGGGCGUCAGGUGCGAGUGGUGCGGCGUCACGGCGACGGCGAUGACGUGGAGUCGCCCGGAGACGGCCCGCCGGCGGCGCCCGAGCGCGGCAAACGCUUCGUCAAGGUCUACGACGGCGACGAAGCCCUGGAGAGCGCUCGCUUCCGCCUCGUCUCCGUCGUCAGGACCGCCGGGAACCGGGAAAUUCUGGAGGCGGCGUUGCGGGCCUUCUACCUGCCCGGCGACCCCCGGCACUUCCAGCUGCAGGAGGCGGGCGGACUCGGCCGUCUCCGUGGCGACGACGAGCGGAACGGGGAUCCGGGCGACGGCGCCGCCUGGAUCCUGAGGGCCAAAGGGGGCGGCGCCGAGGUCAUCCAAGUGUACGGGGGCGCGGCCAGGCGGGGGCGGGACUUCGUCGGCGUGGGCGUGUCCCAGGACGCCACGGCGGCGUCCGUCCUGGCCGAGGUCCUCCCCCGGCUGGCGCUGCGGGCCUCUGCACCCUCCGACCUUCGGGACGGAGCCUUCUCGGGUUCCCCGGGCAAAGACGACGCGACGCCAUUCGAACUGCAGGAAGUCUUCAUGAGCGCCAAACGGGUGGAGAAACAAACGCUGACGCCGCAGCAGAACAUUCUGGAGAGAUUGCACGACAUCAGGAAGAUGUCCUUGCGCCGGAUGAACCUGACCCGCUUCUACGUGGCGGAGAGGCAGAGCCGUGCGCCGGCGCAGGUGAGCCUGCUGAUUGGAGGGCUGCCCCCCCUGCUGUCCAAAGAGCAGUACUGGCAGCUCACCGAGGAAGCGCUGGACCUCAAAAGCCACCUGGCGGACAUCAGCCACGUGUACGCCGGCCGAGGCGCGGUGGGCUUGCGGUUGCGGUGCUGGUCCGAGGCCGAGCGCGUCUUCACGUCGGCGAGGGCCGCCCGCGUCCGCGGCCGAUCGCUGACGCCGCUCGUCAUCCCGGACGUGCGGGCGGGCCCGGCGGGCGAGGACGUGCGCCCCCUGCUGGUGUUCGUCAACCCAAAGAGCGGCGGCCUGAAGGGCGAAGAGCUUCUCCGCGGCUUCCGGAAGAUUCUCAACCCGCACCAAGUCUUCGACCUCUCCAACGGGGGCCCUCUGCCGGGCUUCCACGCCUUCCGGGCCCUUCCCAGCUUCCGGGUGUUGGUGUGCGGGGGCGACGGCACGGUGGGGUGGGUGCUGGGCGACUUGGAGGCGCUGCGUCACCAGCUGGCCUGCCGGGAGCCGCCCGUCGGCAUCGUGCCGCUCGGAACAGGCAACGACCUGGCCCGCGUGCUGCGCUGGGGGGCGGGUUACGGCGGCGAGGACCCGGCGCACAUCCUGGCGUGCGUGGACGAGGCGGACGAGGUCCCGAUGGACCGCUGGACCGUCCUGCUGGACGCCCGGGACCUCGGCGAGGACGGCGCCGAGACCUUCCCGGAAGCGCCCAAGAUCGUCCACAUGAGCAACUACUUGGGAGUGGGCAUCGACGCCGAGCUCAGCCUGGACUUCCACCGGGCCCGCCAGGACGACCCGGACAAGUUCACCAGCAGGUACGGCGCGCCGGUCCCACUCCGGUCGACGGGUUUGCGACUGGUGUGCGAGCGACGAUUACUUGGAUCCCGAGUAGAUCUCAGGCCGAAGACCUCUCGCCGUCCGAGUCCUUCUCGAGAGACUUUGCCGGUUUCUGUGCUCCCCCCUUCUGACUUGCGCCGUGUCUGCAAAACGGCAAAGCUGGCGACAACUUGCGAGCGCCGCCCGCCUCUCUUGUCGGUUUUGUCGGCUGCCAGGUUCCACAACAAGGGCGUGUACGUGAAGGCGGGCCUGCAGAAGAUCAGCGCCGCCAGGAGUCUGCACAGGGAACUGCAGCUCCAGGUGAGCGCAGCCCCGCGCGACCUCCCGACCUCACGACCUCCCGACCUCCCUCUGCCCGCACGUAGCUGGGGUUCCGGCGCGGACCUGUGGGGUUCCGAGGCGGACGCUCGCUACAGUAAGCCGAGCAUCGACGACGGCCUGCUGGAGGUGGUGGGCGUCACGGGCGUGGUCCACAUGGGUCAGGUGCAGAGCGGCCUGCGUUCCGGCAUUCGGAUCGCGCAGGGGAAUUACGCGCGGGUCACGCUGAGGAAGGCUUUCCCGGUCCAGGUGGACGGCGAACCGUGGCUCCAACCUCCGGGACACAUCGUUGUCUCCGCCGCCGGGCCCAAGGUGCGCAUGCUGAGGAAGUCCAAACGCAAACCCGAGAAAGCGACGCACGGCGCCAAAGACGAGCGCUGGGAAAGCUCCGCCCCCUCGGACCGGCGUGCCGACGGGAUGAAGCCGCGACCUUGAGUGCCGUCGCCAUGGAAACGCCCUCACUCUUUGGCGGGAAGGAGCAGUUACCGUGGUGACGACUCCUCUGAGACUUUUGGACGUUGCUGUCGUGUCUUUCGACUUGAAAAACGUUCCUGGAGGGCAAUAACUGAAAUGAAAUUAUGGUUUGUUUUUUGUGGGGUGGAAAUGUAAAUUUGGGGCCCGCCACUUGUUUGGUCCCCUCUGGUCCAUUUGGGAGCUACGACGCGACGGCCUCCGUAUAAUCUCCAGUCUCAUUUUACCACCACGACGCGUGUCUUUGAUCAACUCUUCACGGCCCGAUGGCCGGACCUUUCCGACGGCGGCCUUAAGCUCCGCCCCCUCAGCCACGUCCCACGAGCUUGGAAAAUGCCGAACGUGUUUUGAAGUCGCGUAUUCCAGAUCAUAUUGCGGUGUGUUUUUCGCCAAAUGCGUCAAGACUAUUUCACGCGAGGAUUUGCACACGGAAUGAAGAUUUUGGCCGGAGCGGGACGCCACGUCAGAGUCGCGGCCCAAAAAGUUUGGACGCCACAGGAUGAAAUAGUGGAAUUGUAGAGCAGGGUGAGCGCUUUGUACUUGGGACAGAUGACAAAGUAAUAUCAUUGGAGUGAGAGGAGUCCAAGUGAGCGAGCGGGUGCUUUCAUUUGACUUGUCUUAAAAGUCCCACGUGAUCCAAACGGGCCCGUGGACACGACGUGGCGCAUUUACGUAUCACUCUUGGUCAUGAAACGCGACACACUUCAUUCGGCAGGUCACAAAGUGAAAGUUGUUCUCCUGCACUGAUGAUGAUGAUGAUGAUGAUAAUAAUGAAAUCCAACUGAGAGAAGCUACUUCAUGUCCCUCACCUACCUCGGAACAUGCAGCCUGGCGGUCGUCGAUCUUGUCCACGUUUCGUCGUACGUGCGCUCUUUUUCUGUUUUAGGUUUUGCAAAAUGAAUCGAGCGGGCCCCUUGUGGCUUAGCAGGAUCUCUCUCAUCGGAGUUGCACGUUCUGAGGACCAUUUUCAUCGUGACGUGAACUUUUCCAGGCGCACGCGAUCGACGAGCGCCAUUCCUUGUGGGACAACAUGGCGUGUCAAGACAACGCGGCUCUCUGAUUGGCUAUUAUCGGACGAGCGAUUGACAGCUCGGAAAGGUCCGUUAAGUUGUUUCUUGUUCUUGCAGUACUUAUACGAGCUCGAUGUCGUCAAUGGUGCUUUUUUUUUUUCACGGCCGGGAUAAUAAACGCAAGCAACGUGAAAGGAGA